AUGAGUAGUCCCCGAGCGUUGGCAGACCAAUCAAAGUACUGUCGCUUCCACCGGCAACGUGGGCAUGACACGGAACAAUGUCGGGAAUUGAAAAGACAGAUCGAGGAACUCAUCCGUAGAGGACACCUCGACCAGUACCUCCGCCCAGACAAGGAACCUUCGCCAUGCCCGGAAGGUCCCAUCGAACGACACAUCGACGUAAUAACCGGAGGCCCCGCGUCCGGUGGGGAUUCCAUGGCCAGAAAGAAGGCGUACGCCCAAGCCGCCUCGGCCGAAGCUCCCAGAUACACGCCCGGACCCAGCGUCACCUUCCCGGCCAGGACAUAUGAACAGGCCGAGCACGACGAUGCGCUCGUGAUAUCAGCCAGAAUCGCCAAUGCGUAA